UCUCUCUAUUAACAACACAACACAAAAUCUCUCUCAUUUUCUUUCUCUCCCAUUUCUCUCCCAACACAACCAUGGCUUCACCAACACUCAUUACUCCCACAACCACACCAAAAUCACUCCCACCACCCAUCAAAACCAAACCAACCACCAUCUCCUCCACCUUAACACCAACCACCACUUCCACCACCGUACACACACGCCGCCGUCAAAUCCUCUCCACCACAGCCACUAUCAUCACCACCACAUUUCUUGCUCAUGUUACCCCUGCAUUUGCUGCUACAGAUGAAGAGUAUGUUAAAGAAACAGAGGAAGUUAUAAGCAAGGUUAGAACAACUAUAACAAUGGAUAAAAAUGAUCCAAAUGUAGCUAAUGCAGUUUCUGAUUUAAGAGAUAGUUCAAAUUCUUGGGUUGCUAAAUAUAGAAGAGAAAAAGCACUUCUUGCAAGAGCUUCUUUUAGAGAUAUGUACUCUGCUCUUAAUGCUGUUUCAGGACAUUAUAUUAGUUUUGGACCAACUGCUCCUAUUCCUGCAAAAAGAAGAGUGAGGAUUUUGGAAGAAAUUGAAGUUGCUGAAAAAUCACUUAAAAGGGGAAGAUAAGGAAGAAGAAGAA